AUGUCGAUUCCCUUUUCUAUUGGUAAGAUCAUGGAUGUGGCGACAAAGUCUGCUACCGAAGGGGGCAGUGAACUCUUCGGCCUCAGUCUACCAAUGUUCUAUGGAGCUUUGGCCGGAGUCCUCACCCUGGGCGCUGCCGCAAAUUAUGGUCGCAUCAUUAUUCUGCGCAUUGUUGGUGAACGCAUUGUUGCUAGACUUCGCUCAAAGCUCUUUCGUCAGACAUUCAUUCAGGAUGCAGAGUUUUUCGACGCGAACAGAGUUGGUGAUUUGAUCUCUCGGCUUAGCUCGGAUACAAUUAUUGUCGGAAAGAGCAUUACGCAGAAUUUGUCCGAUGGCUUGCGGGCAGCAGUGAGCGGCGCAGCCGGCUUCGGGUUGAUGGCAUAUGUCAGUCUUAAGCUCUCCAGCAUCCUGGCUCUAUUGCUUCCUCCCAUUGGCCUUGGAGCUUUCUUCUAUGGAAGGGCGAUUCGCAACUUGAGUCGCAAGAUCCAAAGGAACCUAGGAGACUUGACAAAAAUUGCCGAAGAGCGUUUGGGCAAUGUGAAAACGAGUCAGUCUUUUGCGGGUGAAGUUAUUGAGGUCAACAGGUACAACAACCAAGUGCGAAAGAUCUUCGACCUCGGCAAAAGAGAGUCCGUGAUUAGUGCGACUUUCUUCAGUUCCACUGGUUUUAUGGGCAAUAUGACGAUCCUGGCACUCCUUUAUGUAGGAGGAGGAAUGGUUCGGUCUGGUGCUAUCAGUAUCGGAGAGUUGACCUCGUUCCUGAUGUAUACAGCCUAUGCAGGUUCUAGCAUGUUUGGUCUGUCUAGUUUCUACUCCGAACUCAUGAAGGGCGUUGGAGCAGCUAGCCGGCUUUUCGAGUUGCAGGACCGCAAGCCGACGAUAUCUCCAACCAAGGGUACAAAGGUUGUCUCUGCUCGUGGCCCUAUUCGCUUUGAGAAUGUAUCUUUUAGCUACCCAACACGGCCUGCUGUUCCCAUCUUCACCGACCUGAACUUCGAGAUUCCUCAGGGAACCAAUGUUGCCAUCGUUGGACCUUCGGGAGGAGGCAAAUCUACCAUUGCUUCCAUUUUGCUUCGAUUCUAUCUUCCCACUAAGGGUAGAGUUCUGAUCGAUGGAAAGGAUAUCGGUGAGAUGAAUGCUAAAUCUCUUCGGAGAAAGAUUGGCAUUGUGUCUCAAGAGCCCGUUCUUUUCUCGGGCUCUAUCGCAGAGAACAUCUCAUACGGAAGCCCGCAGGCAACAAGGUCUGCGAUUGUCGCAGCUGCCAGGAAGGCGAACUGCCAAUUUAUUAGUGACUUCCCUGAUGGCCUUGAUACUCAAGUGGGUCCUCGAGGAGCUCAACUCUCUGGUGGACAGAAGCAACGCAUUGCUAUUGCCCGUGCCCUAAUCAAAGACCCUGAUAUCUUAAUUCUUGAUGAAGCGACUUCUGCUCUUGACGCAGAAUCUGAGACUUUAGUGAACAGUGCUCUCGCUGCUUUGCUCCGCGGGAACAACACGACAAUCAGCAUUGCCCAUCGCCUCUCUACCAUCAAGCGGUCCGACACUAUCAUCGUCCUCGGCCCCGACGGUAAGGUAGCCGAACAGGGUUCAUACGAAGAGCUCAGCUCUCGCCCUGACGGUGCCUUCACAAAGUUGAUGGAAUGGCAAAUGAGCGGUGGCGAUGUCUCUCAGCCUCCGACGGACGCUCCUAUCAGUCCCUUGACCCAAGAAAAAUUGUGGCAGAUGCAGGAGGGAGAGCAGCAAGCUGGCGCUGAAGAAGCUGUCGCCAGACAAGGCGGGCAGCAGAAGAAUGAAUAA